AUGCAACACGUCGACCUUGAAGUCGCCGUCCCCCGCGACGGUGUGCGGGCUGGCGACGUGCUCCGCUGCAGCAUUGCGCUCCACGCCAAGCGCGACCAGCACAUCCUGCUCAUGUACGCGUACGUCCGCGGUGAAGCAAUUCUCGAUCCCGAGCUCGUCCAGCUGAGCGCGUUCGACAGCGCGUUCGCCCAGGGCAUGCUCAACAAACGAGCCAUGAGCGGCCUCGUGGGCCUGCCCAAGUCCACCGGACCAGCAGGCUCGCUUAGCCAGGUGCUCGGCUCGUGGUUCGGUCGCGCGUUAGCGAGCACCGCCAGCUCGCUUCGCCAGGCAACCGAGACCACGCACCCCACGUCCAUGGCGCUCCUGCUCACCGAGCCCGUCGUCCUGCUCGUCGACGAGCGCGUCCCCCGCGACACCGCGCGCCACGUCUCCUUCCAGCAGCUGCUGCCCCCCACCACGCCCCCCACGUUCGCGGGCACCGCGUUCCGCAUCACACACUCGCUCGUCGUGGGCGUCCAGCGGCUGGGCGAGGACCAGCACGCGGUCGAGCUCGACUUUGCCGUGAACGUCGAGCCGGGGCCGGUGCCCGCCGUGCUCGAGCCGGUGCUCGUGCGCGCCGGCGACGCGCUCGCAGUCGACACGCUCGCCGGCCCCGGCGAGAGCGCCAGCAGCACCAGCACCAGCACCGACAGCAGCGGAGCUCUCGCUCCCCCCACUGCCCCCGCCCCCACUCCCACCGACACGCCUCUCUCGCACCCCCGGGUCGCCGAGUUGGCCGAGCUCUCCGCGCCCACGCCGAGAAGCACGCCGAGAAGCCCGCGCUCGCGCUCGCGCUCCCACAGCAGGCACUCGCGCACGCCCUCUGAAAUUAACCUCCCCCGGCCCUCGGGCCUCGUGUCCACGCGCUUCGAGGUCUCCGCCAACGGCGUCGUGCUCUGCACCAUCCAAAUCUCAAAAUCCACGUUCCGCUCCGGCGACAUGCUCGUCGCGCAGAUCGCCAACAUGCAGGGCCGCAUUCGCCAGGUGGCCGUCGCCCUCGAGUCCUCUGAGCACAUCGCCGACCACCUGCGCGUCCGCAACGACGUCGGCACCUACCGCGCGACGCGCCGCGUCUGGGGCUACGUCAAUCGCAGCACCCUCGGCCUGCACAAUCUCGGAAUCUCGCUCGUCGUCCCGCCCGAGUGUCCCGCCUCCUUUUCCACAUUACACUUCUCCGUCGAAACCUGUCUGUGCGUCGAUCUCCUGCUUUUCGCGCCGCCUGACUCGGCUGCAGCCGCCGCGAGCGGCCCAGUCGCGAGCGCUGGAGUGGCAGGCCCAGCGACCACGGGUCCUGGCCCCCUCGGCCCACCACCGCAGCGGCUGCAGCCCUCUCGAUCCACACCCCCCAGCGCGCCCGCUGCUCCCGGCCAACCUCCUCCUCCACCCGCCCCUGGCGGCGAGCCCAGCACGAGCACGCCCAGGGGCGGCCAGAGCCCGCACCAGCACCAGCACCACCAGAGCCCGAGCCCGAGCCAGAGCCAGUCCCAGGACCGCUCCCCCACGAUUCCCCCCACCUCGUCGCCGGCCCCCGCGCCUGCGCCCCCGCACAGCGUCUCGCCGUUCCUGGUGCAGCGCGGGCCCUCGACGUUCGUGCCCGCGGCCACCGUGUCCAGCACCCGCGUCAAUUGCCGGCUGCCCGUCGUCAUCCGGCACACGCUGACCGACGCGACCAGCACCAACAUUGGCCGCGUGUCGCCGUAG